CUCCGGCCCCCUCGCGGGGCCGCCGCCGACCCCCCUCCCCGCCCCGCGCGCCCGGACCCGGACAGGCACCGCCGCGCUGCCUCCCCCUCCCCGCGCCGUCCCCACACCUCCGCCCUCCCCCUGCUGACGUCUGGCGCUGCCCGUCUGAAAACCCCGCGCCGCGGCGGAUGCGGCGGCUCUCGGCAGCGCGGCGGCGGCGAAGAUGGUGGCGGCGGCGUGCGGCCGGCGGCUGGCGCGGCGCUCGCACUCGGCGCUGCUGGCGGCGCUCACCGUGCUGCUGCUGCAGACGCUCCUCGUCUGGAACUUCACCUCCCUCGACGCCGCCGAGGAGCAGCGCGGCGGCGCCGGGCGGGAGAAGCGCGACCGCGGCGGCGCCCCCGCCGGCGACCACCGGGCGCCCCAGCCGCGCCGCGGCCCCGCCGCCCUGCAGGGCGAGGCGCUGAUUCAACCUCCUAGUCCCUACACCGGCUUGGAGACUCAGGAUGGCUAUUUUUCCCACCGACCGAAAGAGAAAAUGCGAACAGACAGCAAUAAUGAAAAUUCAGUCCCCAAGGACUUUGAAAAUAUUGAUAACAGUAACUUUGCUCCCAGGACUCAGAGGCAAAAACACCAGUCUGAGCUGGUGAAAAAACCUCUUAGCAAGCAAAAGGAGCACUUGAGAAAGAAACUGGAAGAGGAAAAGGUGAAAGAGAACUCACUGUUGGGGAAGAACUCAAAUGAAGUGGUGCAAUUUGGUGAUCACCCUGGAAAAAACAGUAGCCACAACAAUCUGAAGGAGACUCACCGGUCUCCCAGACAGCAUCAUUUCAAGAGAAAUGGAAACAGCUCCCCUGAACUGAAGUAUGACCAGCCACUGAGGUGCGAGAUAACAGGCAAAGAGGCAAUCUCAGCCAUGUCCCGGUCUAAGUCCAAGCAGUGUCGACAGGAGAUUGCCGAGAUAUACUGUCAGCACAAGCAUGGGAAGCUGAUGCCGGAGAAGGUGACGCGUUUCUGUGCGCUGGAGGGAAAGGCCAACAACAACGUGCAGUGGGACGAGGACUCCGUGGAGUACAUGCCCGCCAACCCCGUCAGGAUCGCGUUUGUCUUGGUGGUGCAUGGCAGAGCUUCUCGGCAGCUCCAACGCAUGUUUAAGGCUAUUUACCAUAAAGACCAUUUUUAUUACAUUCACGUUGACAAGCGAUCCAAUUACUUACACCGGCAAGUGCUCCAGUUUGCCAGCCAGUACCCAAAUGUGAGAGUAACUUCUUGGAGAAUGGCAACUAUCUGGGGAGGAGCAAGUCUUUUGUCCACCUACCUGCAGAGCAUGAGGGACUUAAUGGAGAUGAAUGACUGGCCAUGGGAUUUCUUCAUUAACCUCAGUGCUGCUGACUACCCAAUCAGGACAAAUGAACAGCUGGUAGCAUUCCUGUCCAGAUACCGUGAUAUGAACUUCUUGAAGUCCCAUGGGAGGGACAAUGCAAGAUUUAUUAGAAAACAAGGGCUGGAUCGGCUUUUCCUGGAAUGCGAUACGCACAUGUGGCGUCUGGGGGACCGGCGGAUCCCCGAAGGAAUCACGGUCGACGGAGGAUCCGACUGGUUUCUCCUGAACAGGAAGUUUGUGGAGUACAUCACUUUUUCCAAUGACGACCUGGUAACAAAGAUGAAGCGGUUUUACUCUUACACUCUGCUUCCUGCUGAGUCCUUCUUUCACACUGUCCUGGAAAAUAGCCCCUACUGUGACUCCAUGGUGGACAACAAUUUGCGUAUCACGAACUGGAACCGUAAACUCGGUUGCAAAUGUCAGUACAAGCACAUUGUGGACUGGUGUGGCUGUUCGCCUAACGAUUUCAAACCAGCAGACUUCCACAGAUUCCAGCAGACUGCCAGGCCAACGUUCUUUGCCCGCAAAUUUGAAGCUGUGGUGAACCAAGAGAUAAUUGGCCAGUUGGACUAUUAUUUGUACGGCAACUACCCCUCUGGCACGCCAGGUCUCAGGUCGUACUGGGAGAACGUGUACGACGAGCCCGAUGGCAUCCACACCCUCAGCGAUGUGGCGCUGACCAUGUACCACUCGUUCUCGCGCUUGGGGCUGAGGAGAGCUGAGACUUCAUUUCACACCGUUGGAGACAACAGCUGCCGAUACUAUCCCAUGGGCCAUCCAGUUUCGGUCCACCUUUACUUCCUUGCUGACCGUUUCCAAGGCUUCCUAAUCAGAUACCAUGCGACUAACCUGGCUGUCAGUAAGCUAGAAACUUUGGAAACGUGGGUGAUGCCAAAGAAAGUCUUCAAGAUUGCGAGUCCACCGAGUGAUUUUGGAAGGCUGCAGUUCUCCGAGAUUGGCACCGAAUGGGACGCCAAGGAGAGGCUUUUCCGGAACUUCGGAGGACUUCUGGGGCCGACGGACGAGCCGGUGGGCAUGCAGAAGUGGGGAAAAGGCCCCAACGUCACCGUCACUGUCAUUUGGGUCGAUCCUGUCAACGUGAUUGCCGCAACGUAUGAUAUCCUUAUUGAAUCCAGUGCAGAAUUUACUCACUACAAACCACCUCUGAAUUUGCCCCUCCGACCCGGUGUCUGGACAAUUAAAAUUUUGCACCACUGGGUACAAGUAGCUGAAACCAAAUUCCUCGUUACUCCUCUCACCUUCUUUAAUCGGCAGCCUAUCAAACAAGAGGAAGCCAUGAAGUAUCACAACGGGCCUCCAAGGAACGCGUAUAUGGAACAGAGCUUCCAGGGCUUGAACCCGGUCCUAAAUAUCCCCAUCAGUGCCGGCCAGGUGGACCAGGCCAGGAGGAACGCGGCGCUGGUGGGCACCAAGCUGGAGAGCUGGGUGGACUCGCUGGUGGGCAGUGUGUGGUCGGCGGUGGACAUCUGCAGCAGCGGGGCCACCUCGUGCCCGGUGAUGCAGGCGUGCAGUCAGACGGCGUGGAGCUCGCUGAGCCCCGACCCCAAGUCUGAGCUGGGCCCCGUGAAACCCGACGGUCGGCUGAGGUAGCAUCUGGUACGCUCUUCUUCGGCAUAGGUUUUAAAAGGGAAUUUAACCUUGCUCACAUGUGAAUCUCAUGGCAGGUUUCAGAAGCCUAAGGAAACGUUAUACCUUUUUGUUACGUGUUGCAAUAUAAGUCCUAAAAACCUGACAAAGCCUUUGGCACUGUUCUCUCCGUCAGCUCGGCAACGGCCCUUGGGUCGGUUAGGGCUGUGGCCGUACCGCGCUGCGUUGCGCCCACGGCCUUUGCAGGUGUGGGAGCAGUAACAAGAAGUCAAGGAGAGGGCAGUGAAGGAGCAGCUGCUAGAAGUGUUUUUAAAAAAUAAAUUUGUAUGUACUUCUGCUGUUUCAUAGGCAUUAAUUAUUUUGCUAUCAUGACUAAAUCACAGCAAAAUUCCCUUCUAUUUAUGUUUCCUGGGUAGGUUGGUUACCGCAGGCUAUAUCCCAUAUGGCUACAUUACCUUACAGAACGUGAAAUAUGUGGGAGACACCCUUGCUCAUUAUUUUUUUAUAACACAGAGUAAUUCUGGACUCAGCUAAUGUCUGUUGUUACCCUAGUUAGGGAAAACGUGCAAAAGCAGUGUUAUUUUCAGACUGAUUUCCUGAUAAGCUCUAAAUGGAACCAGUGUUUGCAGUUGUGGGUUUUUAUUGUUCAUGCAGUCAGCUUCAGGAUCUUGGUGCUACUAGCAUUAUUUUUAAAAGCAAAGAAGCAUUUUUGAUUCUGGCCCAUUUGACAUCUGCUUUUUCUUAAGCCCACCAGCGCUUAAGCCUGUUUGCAGACUUCCCGCCCAGCGAGCUGUGUGCAGGGACUGGGAGUAGCUGGUGCUGUGUCUGCUCACACCACGUGAGAAGUCUUCUCGUGAAGUUGCAGUUCAGUUCCUCAGAACCGGUGAAACGGUAGAAUUUGGCCCUUUGCACUUUACAGGUUGAGAUUAUUUUUCUCAAUGGGAACAAGAUUGGGACCUAAAGUUGCAGCAAACUGAUUCCUCCCUAAUUUGAGCAGUGGCUAAUGAGUCUUAACACUAAUUUCCUAGCUUGAUCUCAGAUCUGCCAGCUCUUAAUGAAGAUGGCUAUUUUUAGGGUUGCAUAGGGCACGUGGGAGGUUGUGGUGAGCAGGACGGGACGGUUCCUAACCAAAGCCACGAGCUGAAUGUGAAGGAGAGCAACGCCGUGUUUCUCAGUGCUGUUACUUUAUUCUGUCCACAAACCCAACCUUUGCCUGUGUGCGGAUCUUGACUUUCUAGCAGGCUGCAUCCUGUUUUGAAUAUGCACGUCUCACAUCAUCUCAACCUGCAUUUUCUAUACUAGGAAAAACAACCAUUUACAUUCCAGCAACUUUUUAAAAUACAUGUUUUUAUAUGCAAAUACAUCUCCAACUGAAGCUGUUUGCAUUGGCGUAGAACAUGCACUUUGUUGUUGUUGCUGUUGCUGUGGUAAUCUCUUGAUAACAACGUAACCCCAACAGGCUGUUAGAAGCUGUUGGGUUAAUUAUAACAAAACUCUGUUAAUUUAGUGAAGUAAGGUAUUGGUUUACCCUUCUGUGUGCGCGUAUAACUUUCCUUUCUGCUGAUGAGAGUUAAGCUUCCACAUCAGGAGGGAAAUAGACCCUUAAAUCAUUCCAUAAUUGUGUCUCACGGAAAGGCUGAAUUCCCUUUUAAACAACAAUUGCAAGAUGACCGUAACACACAGGUCCCAGUGGCUCGUUAUACUUCUCUCCAUAGUGUUGGUUUAAAGCUACUUGCAGUUUGCUUUGGACUUGAAAUUGCAGUGUCAGCUGUGCUGGCAUUAAGGCAGAGCAUUUAAAUGUUUAUAUCUGGCACAAAAAUGGAUGCAUAGAAGGAACAAUUUAGAUAUUUAUUAUUUAUGUUUUAGUCAAUGACUAAUUAGUAGGUGCUGCUUUUGCAGCUUGAAGAUUAUGUUAUCUUACUAACUGAAGCUGCCUUUAUUAAGAAAAGGCCUUCCUCCCCUCACACCCCCCUUUCCUUUCUUCUUCCUGAUUUUGACAGUCCCGGGAGCUGUAGUUUUAGGAAAGCUUGCAGCAACGAGAGCUGGUUGAAAUGUCUCUGUCAAAAUAAUGUUCCUGGUUUUCAACUGGCUCUAGAGGCAAACGUGUUUAAAACCAGGGUUGCCAACAGGUUUAUAUGCUAGAAACACAAUGUUGUUACUCAUUCCAUAGGGUUUUUUUAAUAGUACUUGUUUUUAAUCUAACAUUCCAUGGUGAAGGGCACAUUUUCUGGGGAGCGCCAGCCCUCACUGUGAGGCCCAGGGCUCUAGGCACGUUGCGGCAGCGGCAGCGGCGUGGUUGGAGCCCUGCCCAGCCAGUGGAGAGCAUCGCCCGCGGGCACACGCAUUAGCUAUCUACUCAGUGACCGUUCUUAAUGAGGACUGCGGUAGCUGCAAAGUCCAGUCUGUCUUGCACAUAAGCGUAUGUAUAAGGGUGCGCCCACACACACGUGCAGAUAAUCUGUUUUUUAAAUUUGAUACUUUUUUUAUUCUUAAACCGGAAUGUUUUUAAGUGCUUUGUUGAGAAGUUCUCGUUACGAACUAUGUCAAGCGGAAGGUGGCAACAAUCCAGUCUUUUACGUUUAGAAGAAAAGCUGCCACUUUUAUAAUUUAAAAUUUAAGGUUCAAAUUACUUUGCUUUAGUUUAAAGAAAAGAAAUCAAAUGUUUGCUGAUGUAUCUAUGUACAUUAUAUACUGUGUUUAAAAAUAGCUCAAAGAGAUAUUUUAUAUUAGUUUGUUUUCUGAAAGACCAAAAGCAGCUACACAAAGACGUUGGGUGGCAAGGUGGCGGUUCCAGCGCUGCGGUUGCGAGGUUAGAUGUGCACCCGAAGGGGCUGGUGCUGCAGGCCUUCCUCGGGCAAACCCUCCGCGGAGCUCUGGGCCUGAGUGAGGACUUGAGAGUCAGAUCCAGCACAGUGAAGGGUGUGACAGCGUGCUAUGAAUAAAUACUGUGUGUGUCUGAAAUCAUCACAGGAUGAGUUGCUGUGUUUGGAGCGCUUUCUGCAGUGAGCAUCAAGUUCGGGACCUACGUGACAACCCCUACUACUGCUAUUAAUAUGCAGACACGGAUGAACAGAUUAUCUAUGGGGCACUGUGUCUGAGUUACUACGUGCUGUAAUUGUGAAGUACAACCAUGGAAAGCAAGACUGCCUCCCCCGGGCUCAGCGCUUGCUCUGGGCUGUUGGGCGGCAGUGCUGCUCAGACCUCGGUUCUGCUUAGUGGCUUCUCUGCUUCGAGCACCGCAGGCACUUGAAGCCUGUAAUGAAUAUGAUAUAUUGUUAGAAUAGAAGAACUUCACAGAUCUUACAUUUGGUGAAAAGGAGAAUUCAGAGCAGGGACCAGAGCUUGUACAAAACGAGCAGGUUAGGCAUCUUCAUGUGAAUGUGCUAGUGUUAUUUUCCAGUCGUGCUGGCGAGUCCUUUCUGACGAGGUCUCCAUCUGAAAGCCAGCUUUGAUCCAAAGCCCUUUCUGUGGGAAGAGGCUGCAGUUCCACGUGCACACAUUUGCCCUCUAUGUGUAAUGCUUCGCUCGUUUAAAUUUUGUGCCCGUUCUGCUAGAUUGCCAUGUACCACUUCGGUGAUCAAUCAGUAUUACACGGAAAGGAAAUGUGGCAAAAUGCAGAACAUCUGCUUACAUGUUUUAAUGAAUUAUAUCCCAAGUCAGUCUUAGCAAUAUGCAAACCUGUUUAUAUGGUAAUGUUAAAACUUAAGGCUAAUAGAAAUAGCUCAAAUGUCAGUUUAUUUUUAGAUGUGUCCAGCUUUUUCUUUUCUUUGGUGACAUGUGGACAUUGAGUAGUAAUAUUUAUAUUUUUAUUUUCUGCUAUACAAAGGGGUUUUUUUAGAAUUGAAAUUAUGUCUUCAUUCUUUUUGUGCUCUGUACAAGCAGAGAGUAUUUUAACAAUUUGUCUCUCACAGCAAGUGUGAUACAAGGAAGUCCAUCUGUAUCUCUGUUGCUAAGCCUUCUUUAUUGCUAAGCCUGGAGAUACGGGAAUGUGCAUCCGUGUGUCACAGAUUGGCUUUCCCACAUAUUGGCUUCAAUGCACGGCGCAUGUACAGUUGUUUAACGGGAUAUUAAGCGUGAUCCUGCAGCACCUUCAGAAGGGCCAGCUAACGCGCAGUCACCUGCUGUCCACCCCCGGCAGCACUAGCUGCAGUACUGAUGAGGUCUCAGGCUCUCCUAGCCGCUGUGAUAGUGAGCAGGGGAGCGAAGUCAGUGGGUCAGACCUGGGAAAUUCUGCACCUGGUGAAGGGGGAGAGGAAGGGUGAAGAAGGCGCCAAAACUUUGAAAAAGUUUGGCAUAACUGUGCGGCAGCAAAACUUUGAGCUAACUGAGCACCUUCUCUCCUGCACAGCGAGGCUGAGAAAUGCUGCUACAAUGAGAUCGUAGCUUUGACUUCCCAGAUUAAAAAUAAAACAAAACCCAGGUUUUUUUAUUGUGUCCGGACAGCAAGGGCCCACUUUCCGUUGAUUUUGGUACUUCUCUUCCAUCACAGCUGUCGGAGGGCUGCCAGCCUGCCACCGGCUAUCGCGCCCUCGGCCUUGUUGUCGCAGCUCCCUGAGCCCCAGGGGCGGCCAGAGGGGACCUUGGCCCCUGCACUGCUUCCAGCGGAGCGGGAGGUUUUGUACUCAUGUGAUCCAAAUCCCUUAGGCUUCUUUAAAAACCCCAGAUGUGAAUCAGGAAAGUUUGCUUUGAAAGGCAGCCUUCAGGCAGCUCAGGCCUGACAUAUAUGAAGGAGUCUGUAAAAGUGAGGGUAAUUAUCUUUCCCCCACUUUCAGACAUGGCUGUUUAAUAUACCCAUGUAUAUUGGUAGUUUCGGUUAGCAACAGAAUAAUGCCGAGCUGGUAGGAAGUGGAUAGAAGUGUUUCCCUGUGUUCUUUGCUUCAGUCUGGUAGUGAAAAACUGCUAUUUUAAAAUGUGCUUUUAUUUCAACUAUUCUACAGGCCUCCAAGAUAGUCUUAAGGUUCAUAGGAGAGUACCUUAAACCCCUAUUAAAGGAUGAUUGAAAACAUCCCAUAAAAAAAGACUCCCGGCACUAACCCUCAGUGCUCGGCUUCUGCCGAGACAGUGCGGCUGCCCAGCGAGCGUGGGAGGACUCUGCGGGGAAACACCCGUCCUCUUCCCGCAGGCCACCCAGAGCCAGCGAGGGCUCUUCUGUAGCUCCCGUCGGAGAUGUUGAGUGCAAAAGCUGAGACUUCUUUGAAAACCUUCCCAGCGUGAGUGAAAGAAGCAGGCUCAGAGCACUGAAAGGUGAGGCAGCAAGAUCUGACCAUUGAUGUUACCCAGCUCCAGGGCCACAGUAGCAUUAGGUUGUCUCCAGUUAAGCGCGGCGGUAAUCCUCGUGACCUGAUCCUGCAGGUACCGUGUUGAUUUUGUUCCUUUAUCCUAACAGUAGUGUACAGCUCGCUCACUGCUCUUCGCUUCUGCCUUGGUUACCUUCUUUUGCUCAUGGGUGCUAUCACAGCUGCUACCUCACUCUGUCUGCAAACACGUUUACCUGACAACAACAAAAAAAGGUACCAGAAAUCUCCUUGAACUGAAUGUACAAUCUAUGCAAACUCUCUUUCUAUUUUGUUAAGGAAACCUAGAAGUAUUACUUGUAACCUUGCCAAAUAAACAGCAAGAUACUGUACAGGUGCCUCUGAUCACAGAGUGACGAUUCCAGGCGCGGUUCACUGCGCUGCCUUUGUAUAUUGUAAUGACCGGACUUGUCUUUGGUUCUGUUGUAAUUAGCACCCUCGACGAGACGUCGGUAAUCUCUUGCUAGAGGAGCACCACCAGUUUGCUGGGAAUAUUCUGGAGGGGGAUGUCUACUGCAUUUUACUUUAUUUUCCUGCUCACAAAGAGAGGAAGGCACAGACCUACUGCCCAAAAUUAGGAUGUUUGAAAAAUUUCCUUGGGGACAUCCUAUCAGCUUUGAAUUUCUCAGUGUGUGUUCCCGUCGUGGCAUCCGACGUGGUGCCCCUUAAAGAAAGCCUUACUUUCUUCCUUUCUAAAUGUGGCCUUAAACCGUAUUAGAAAGUUAGAUGUUGUCUGUGUCUUGCUCACUUUUUUCUGUUUGCUGUAGAAGGAAUAAAAGGCACCUUGUGAUUUCUAUCGCAGCUCAGCUGUGUUGCUGUCAGCUUACACUUCACAAAUACAAUAGAAAUUGCUUACAAAUGCAGUCUUUAAGGGAAGAAAAUGACCUUCCCUUUGGGCAAAAGGAAGGCUCAAACAUUCAUAUAAACCUUAGGAAAUUAUGAGCUGUGUCUUUUGCAACUUAGUGUAGAUAAGAAGGGUUGAUUUAAUUACCUACCAAGUGCUAACUUAAUACCUUUUCGUCUUCAGAGUAGAACAGGCCAGACUUUGCUCUCAGAUGCAUAAGACAAAUUCUGGAGUGAUUUCACUCAUUUUGACGUGACUUAGUAGCAUUCCUUUCAGAUUCGUACUGGUAACUGGGAGAAGACAUAUCCUCUUAAUGUUAUAGUCUUAAAAUCUGAAGAACUUGACCACUUCAGGUCCAAUUUUGAGUGAUGGUUGGGAACCUGACAGUACACACAGAAGAUAGAGGAGUCUGGCUGUAUCCUUAAAGUUACAACUACAUUUCCAAAAUGUGGCCUUUGGCACUUGAUCCAAAGGGCGUCAAAGCCAGCAGACCCCGGGGACUUCUGGUAAGGCUUGUGUACAUUGGGUUUUGUUAAUACUCUUCUCCACCCAGAACUGUCGUGUUUCAGCAGCACCAGUAUUCCCGGCAGGCUGCAGCGCUUUUAGGAAUCCCAAAUCCUACCCGGUUUCAGUAUUCUGAUGCAGAUAUAACCCAAAGGCAACUGAAAAGGGUUUACAUGGCAAACAAGAUUUGUGAAACAAAAGGAAUUAGAGUUAAUGAUUUUUCUGACUUUGUCAUUUUGGUUUUGGUUUUGGUUGAUUGGGUUUUUGUAUUACCUAACAUAGUCCAUAAUAAGUUAUUCCUAUCAUUUUUCAAAGACUGGUGGUAAUAUAGUUUUAAGAAAUAACUAUUUUGUUAUAAAUCAUAAUAUGCAUAAAACUGUACAGAAAUAUUUUGUAAGCUAUUGAAUAAGAAAAAAAAACAUGUAUAUACAGCAAAGUUUAAAAAUAAUUGGAAAUUCAAAUGGAACACACUGAAAGAUGUAGAUAUUUUGCUAUUUAUUUAAAGGAGUAUUUUAUGAGAUAUUGAAAUGUCUUAAAUUGACCGGUAAUCAAAGUUCAAAGUCAGAAUGCUUUUCUUGUAGUAGAAUGUGAUUUUCAGCAAUUAUUGCACUACCCGUUUUUGCACCCUUUUGUCUUUCAUUUAGCAGAAAACAAUGUGCCUUAGCUGUAUUCUUUGUCUAUUGGAGUUUGGGUUUUUUUGUCCGACAAAGCAAAUUUUUUUGCAGAAAAAGAAAUGGAUGUAUUAAAUACUGUAUUAUACCAAAAACACUGCAGUUGUAUAUAAAUGCUUUCUGUCAUACUGUGUUUUCAGAUGCAGAAUUUUAAAAUAAAAAAGGCUGUCUUUGGGAA